CUUUCAAAUAUGUAUGCCUGUCCCUUCCUCUUUCUCGUCAUCUUUUCUGGUCUUUUCUCUCUUCAAUUCUAGCCCCCUUUUUUGCUUCCAAAUCAAGCAUAUCUAUCUUCACCCUUUUCUAAUAUCUUUGAGUUUGAGGCAUACACUAACUCAUCAGAUCGGAGAGAAGGAAAGCAACACCACUUCUGAUUGUUGUGUCACUCAACAUAUAGAAUAUUCAAGAUCAUGGAAGAUUCCUCCUCCGCUGCUUAUAUCCACAUGGUGCACCGUUUGAUAGAGGAGUGUAUCUUAUUCAACAUGAGUAAAGAGGAAUGCAUGGAAGCUCUUUCCAAACAUGCAAAUAUCAAACCGGUUAUUACCGCCACUGUGUGGAAGGAGUUAGAGAAAGAAAACAAGGAAUUCUUCGAGGUCUAUUCCACAAGGAAAGCAGAGAGAGUUUCUGAGACAGAGACAAGGCAAACGAUACAAAAGACUGUUUCAGAUUCUACCAGCGAACGAGUUUAGGUUUUAGACGCAAACAUCGUCGAAUAAAGGUCACCACACCAGGUUGUUUUGUAAUAACAUCCACAAUCCAAGGGUCAAAUGAAACUGUAGCGGGCAAAAACUAUAUAUUUUUCAUAUUCAACCCAAAAAAUUAAAUUAUUAGAUG